CUCCAAACCAAAACAAAAUAUUCUCUCGGUUUAUUUCUUCCAGAGAGUAUAUUCAGAAGAAUUCUUCCAAAAAAGGAAAUAUCAAAAUCCUGAUUCUAUCUAACUACGAUGGGCGAGAAAAAGGAAGAAACGGCGACGAAACCUGAAGGAGAGAAGAAGCCGGUCGAUGCGAAAAAGGGAGAUGGUGGAGUCACCGUCGUUAUGAAGCUUGAUAUGCAUUGCGAAGGUUGCGGGAAGAAAAUCAAACGACUCUUGAAGCAUUACAAAGGCGUGCAAGAUGUGAAGAUUGAUUACGCGGCCAACAAAUUGACGGUGAUCGGAAACGUAGAUCCAGCGGCAGUUCGGGACAAAGUCGCCGAUAGAAUUAAGAGAAAGGUCGAACUUGUCUCUACAGUGGCGCCGAAGAAAGAGGCUCCUCCUCCUUCGGGCGGUGGAGGCGGUGAAAAGAAGCCGGCGGAUGAGAAACCUGCUGAGAAGAAGCUCGCCGAUGAGAAACCCGCCGAGAAGAAAGAUGAGAAGAAGAAAGAGGAAGGAGAGAAGAAAGCAGCAGCUCCUGCUCCACCAAAAGAGAGUACGGUGGUUCUGAAGACGAAAUUACAUUGUGAAGGUUGUGAACACAAAAUCAAAAGAAUAGUCAACAAAAUUAAGGGGGUUAAUUCAGUCGCCAUUGAUAGUGCCAAGGAUUUGGUGAUAGUCAAGGGAAUAAUAGACGUGAAACAACUCACUCCUUAUCUCAACGAGAAGCUUAAACGCACAGUCGAAGUUGUUCCGCCGAAAAAAGAGGACGGAGCCACCGUGGCAGCGGCGGCGGCUCCAGCAGGCGGCGAGAAGAAGGACAAAGGUGCUGGCGAAAAGAAAGAGGUAAAAGAUGUCGGAGAAAAGAAGGACGGUGGUGGCGAAAAGAAGAAAGAAGUCGCCGCAGCAGGAGGAGGAGACGGUGGUGCUACGGUGGAUGUGAAGAAAUCGGAGUACAACGGUUACGGUUAUCCACCACAGCCGAUGUAUUACUACCCACCAGGACAAGUGUACGGUCAACAUUACAUGAUGCAAGGUCAAUCAUCUCAAUCGUAUGUACAAGAGCCGUAUACGAACCAAGGAUACGUACACGAAUCGUAUACGAAUCAAAGAUACGGCCAAGGGUAUGGACAAGAAGUGCCGCCACCACCACCGUAUAAGAACCACCAAGGGUAUGCAGAUCCUUACGCUCACAUGCGUGCGCCUGAGAUGUUCAGUGAUGAGAAUCCAAAUGGUUGUUCUGUGAUGUGAGUAAAACGAGAGGGGAGGAAAUUGUAAAUAACUCAGAAAUAUAGGGGGAGAAUGGUAAAUUUGACAAAAUUUUAUACUACGAAAGCACGGAAACUUCCGAGUCCGGUAAUCUAAACCGGCGAGAUUGGCCGGGUAGAACCGGUUUUUGAGAGGCGAAGAUUGGGUUGAUUUGUUGGUUGGUUAGACUUUAUAGAUACCUGUAUAUUAGUUUCUACUACGUACUAUAAGAUCGGAUCCUCCUCUGUUUUAUAACGUUUGUUGUGCUAUGUACUAAUAUUCAAGUGAUCGUAAUGAAAAAUGAUGUUUUUGGUAUUU